CACGUGAUUGAUAGUUCGGGACUUCAUAAGGCACCCUCGAAAGUGAAGGCAAUAGUGGAAGCGCCAGCUCCACAAAACGUCAGUCAGCUUCGGUCUUUUUUGGGGUUGUUGACUUAUUAUGGGAAAUUUGUGCCAAAUUUAGCUAACAGGCUGAAACCGUUGCACGAGCUACUGAACAAAUCCAAAAAGUGGGAAUGGACUAAACAAUGUGAAGAGUCUUUCAAUGAGGUGAAAACAGCCUUAGCCAAGUCUGAAGCUCUCACUCAUUUCAACCCCGCUCUGCCAGUGCAGCUGGCAUGUGACGCAUCGCCCUAUGGCAUCGGGGCUGUGGUGUCACACAUCAUGCCAUCGGGUGAGGAAAAACCCAUCGCUUUUGCUUCACGAACUUUGAGCAAGGCAGAAUGUAACUAUGCCCAAAUUGAACGUGAGGCACUUGCUAUUGUCUUUGGGGUGAAGAAAUUUCAUCAAUUCUUGUUUGGCAGAAGAUUCACGCUCCUAACUGAUCACAGACCUCUCACCUCCAUCUUUGGCCCACAUUCAGGUAUUCCUUCACUUGCUGCUGCAAGAAUGCAGCGUUGGGCCCUUCUUCUGUCUGCGCAUCAGUAUGAUAUCAAGUACAGAAGAUCGGAACAUCAUGCUAAUGCUGACGGGCUCUCCCGACUGCCAUUGCCCACUACACAUCCAGAACCAACAAAGGCGGAAAUUUUCUACUUCAAAGAGGUAGUUAAUUCCCCUGUAACGGCAGCUCAGGUAAAAAAGCACACACGUACUGACCCAGUGAUGUCCAAGGUAUUGGAUCUUGUGCUCAGAGGGGAAGUGGGAGAAAUGUCUCCUUUCCUAAGGCCUUAUGUGAUCAGGAGAAAUGAGCUUACAGUUGAAUCUGGAUGUCUACUGUGGGGCUCAAGGGUCAUUAUUCCACCACCAUUGAGACAACGAGUACUGGAGGAACUUCAUUCUGGACACUGUGGAGUUGUUCGGAUGAAGGAGAUUGCCCGUAGCUACCUUUGGUGGCCAGGUUUGGACUCUGAGAUUGAAGAAAAAGCAAAAAUGUGCAGUGCAUGUCAAAAGCUGAGAAAUACCCCUCAACCAGCCCCGUUACACCCCUGGCAAUGGCCCGAGGAACCGUGGGUGAGAGUCCAUAGUGAUUUUGCAGGGCCAUUGGAAGACCAUAUGUUUUUAGUUCUUCUUGAUGCCCACAGCAAAUGGCCAGAGGUUGAGGUAAUGAAAUGCACGUCAUCAAUGAAAACUGUGGAAGCCCUUCGUUCAAUCUUUGGUCGGUUUGGCUUGCCACAGCAACUUGUCAGUGACAAUGGGCCUCAGCUGGUCUCGGAGGAGUUUGAGGCUUUUAUGAAGACCAACGGGAUUCAACACAUUCGAUCAGCACCUUAUCACCCGUCCACUAACGGUCUUGCUGAGUGGUUUGUCCAGACAAUGAAGCAAGCUCUUAAGUCGACACAGGGUAAAGGAUCACUGAAUCAGCGCCUCAACACUUUUCUACUUUCAUACAGAAACACCCCCCAUUCCACCACCAAAGUGUCUCCUGCCACCGCUAUGUUCAAAAGACAACUUCGCACACGUCUGGAUUUGUUGAAACCCCUGAAAACAAAACAGACUGUUCAAGCGCAACAACAUCUUCAGAUGGAACGACGUCUAAAAGCAAAACAUCGUUGUUUUAGACCUGGAGACAAAGUGCUAGCUCGUAACUAUGGGAAAGGUGUAAAAUGGCUACCAGCAGUAGUGAUUGCACAAACAGGGCCAGUGUCUUACACGGUUGAGCUGGCUGAUGGUCAUCUCAUCUGGAAAAGGCAUGUAGACCAAUUAUUAGCUGCAAAUUCAUGUGACAACUCGGGAGGACAGGUGACAAUAGAUCCUUACCUGGAAAUUGCUCCAGAAUACCAUGAUCUGUCUGAGAGUUCUUCCACACCAACCCUCGAGAAUGCACAGACUGAGGCUCUACCAAGUCCGGCGAAAGAGACUGUUCCAGGUACAAGUCAGUCAGUGCCCCUGUCAAACCAAAUCCCUGCAAAAGAGACUGUAACUGUGAAUGUACCUACUGUUCGGAAAUAUCCUAAAAGAGAACGUCGUCCUCCAAAUAGACUGACAUUCUAG